UGAGGCUGACUGCAGGAGCUGAGACCCAAGGAGCUACUGCCUGAAACGCCCUGCAUCCUCCCCUACCUUCCAUCUCCAUCUCUCUCUCUAUCCUGCAUGUGAAGCAUGGAUUCGAUUUACAUUUUUCUCGUCCUACUUGUUUCCCAAACCUAUUUUCCAGCCUCUGCAGACAGGAAAUUCGGUUGUCUGUUUGAGAACGAGUUGUGCACUCCGUACGAGAUCUGUGUCAACGAUGGAAUGUUCGGGAGCUGUCACUCCAAACCAGUUCCGGGGACAGAGGCGUACACCUAUGAUGUAUCUCUGUCUGUGGUUCAGCACUUCAGGACACUGCUGCAGAAACUCUCCCACAGAGGGUUGAUCUGGGAGGAUGAGGCCACCCAGCAGAUCCUGUCCAAGGAGCUGUCUAAGCUGAGGAAGAUCCCCUACAGACGCCUACAGGACUCCAGCCCCCAUGUCUAUAGCAGCAGCAAAUCCAGACCCUCUACCCAGGCUAUGGACCCAGGAGACCAAAAGAUCAAGCCUGUGGAGGUGGAGCUCAGUAGAAACCUUCAGAACGUCCUACAGCAUCUGGGCCUCCUUUCCCAGGCCUCGUCCCCCACUGGCCCCAAGAGUCCCAGCAAGAGUGACCUUUACCAAUCUGGCGUCUUCUCUGACUACUACCGGCCCAAGUCCCAGGGAGAGGGACAUUUUUCCCCACUGUCCUUAUUCCAGCCUCCCUACCAGGACAGACACUCUGCAGGGGAUGGAGACCUCCUUGUGGCUGCCCUUAGGCACUACCUGUCUGCGCAGGGACCGCCCCAGACCGGGGGGGCCCCCAAAGUCCCAACCUUGCCCUCCCCGCUACGCCCCUCCUACAGCAACAGUAUAGACAGUGCUGGGCCUAAAGAGAACUCUCAAUCCCAAACACCCAACCUGGAUAGACUUUUACUCCUCCAGACAGCUGGAGCCAGUCAACCCUCUAGUCCAAAAGACCCCUUCAGUCCAAUGGAUGAGGUGUUCAUCCAGAAGGUUCUGAAGAACGUGGGCAGACACAAUGUGGACGUGGAAGACAUGAGUCCAAAAGACCUGGACCAGCUGUCUACACUGAUCGCUAACGCCCUACAGGUAGUGGAUAAAAAACAGCCCCAGGCCAGACCAGGACCAAGGGACCUGGGGGAGGAAGAGGAGCAGGAGGAUGAGGAAGGGAAUGAGGGGCCUGGAGAACAGGGGCCCGGGGAACAGGAGGAGGACAGUGACCCUCCAUCCGCCACAGAGAAAACAGCUCCGGAGAGCACUCCCCUAGAGGAGUCUGUGGUCCAAGAGCGACAAAUGGAGGGAGACAGAGAGCCAGCAGGCUCCAAUGACAAGCCCCAGGAUGCCGCCGGCUUAUUUGGAAAGCUUCUGGCGUACCUGGAUAAGAGUGAGUCCCCAGCCCAGAGACUCCGGGGAGAUUCCCCCGGCCAGGCUGGUGUGGGUGCAGGGCUGGGCAAGGGCAGGGAUGUCGGUCUGGAGAAUGUCCGCAGUAAGACCACUCUGGCCGAGGCGGCAGUGCAAAAGAAGUCGACCCACUCAAUGGACGUGGAGGAGGUGGCUGCGGUGGAGGGCUGGAUCCAGGCAGUGGAGCCUCCGGCUGCCAAGAUGGUCUACCCGGAGCCCCUUAAGAAGAAAGUGAACGUCCAGGAGCUGCAGCUAGAUGUCAAAGCUGCUGUGGCCACGAAGAAAACAACCGAUGAUGACUAUGGCUAUGUCAUCACUGACACAGUCGCGCUACAGACUGAUGAGGGACUCCACUUGAUGGAGAUUCUGGCACGGCGGGCCAAGCUGCAGAUGACUGACUUCCUGGAGCUCUCAGUGGUGGGCCCAGCUGUGACCUUCAGAGUACGACCUAAUACCCAGAAUGUCAGCACUGCAGAUGUGGCCAACGUAGCAGUUCGCCAGAAGGAUGCAGUGGAGAAGGAGGCCAAGGUGAUCAUUCUGGAGGCUGGAAUCACAGAUAGAAGCCAGAUCAGCCAGAUUCCCACCAAGUACAGCGCAGCCGAGUCCGCCAAGUUCCUGAUCCUGACAGUGGUGUCUAUCCUUUGCAUCGUGGCUGUGCUGCUGGCCUCCAUCGUGGUCUACUGCCUCCGACACCACUCUUACCUCAAGCUCAAGGAGAAACUCACCAGCCUGGGAACAGACACAGGCAGCGAUGCUACGUCCACCUAUCAAGAACUGUGUCGUCAGCGGAUGUCGGUCAAGCCGCCGGCGGAGUGUCCAGAGCCGAUGCACAGUGUGGCGCCCCAGUUCAGCGACGGGGGGCCCAUCGUCAGCCCCUCGGCACGAAGCUCCACCUCCUCCUGGUCUGAGGAACCCGUCCACUCUAACAUGGACAUCUCCACUGGUCACAUGAUCCUGUUUUACAUGGAGGACCACCUGAAAAACCAGAAUCGUCUGGAGAAGGAGUGGGAGGCUCUGUGUGGGUACCAGGCUGAGCCCAACGCCUCCACUACAGGCCUGGGGGCCGGGAACACAAAGAAGAACCGCUCCAAUGCUGUGGUGGCCUAUGAUCACUCAAGAAUAACCUUGAAGGUUGAAAACAGCCAAGGCAAUUCAGAUUACAUCAAUGCCAGCCCAGUUAUGGACCACGACCCACGGAACCCAGCCUACAUUGCUACUCAAGGCCCUCUCCCCUCCACGGUGUCUGAUUUCUGGCAGAUGGUGUGGGAGAACGGCUGUGUGGUCAUUGUCAUGCUGACGCCCCUCACUGAGAGCGGAGUCAAACAGUGCUACCACUACUGGCCUGACGAGGGGUCCAACCUUUACCACAUCUAUGAGGUGAACCUGGUGUCGGAGCACAUCUGGUGUGAUGACUUCCUGGUUCGUAGUUUCUACCUGAAGAACAUGCAGACCAACGAGACGCGCACCGUCACACAGUUCCACUUCCUCACCUGGCUCAACCAGAACGUCCCUGAGUCCAGCAGGACUCUCCUGGACUUCCGCAGAAAGGUUAACAAGUGCUACCGGGGAAGGUCUUGUCCUAUAAUAGUCCACUGCAGCGAUGGCGCCGGGAGGAGUGGAACAUACAUUCUGAUUGACAUGGUUCUCAAUAAGAUGGCUAAAGGUGCUAAGGAGAUUGAUAUUGCUGCCACCUUGGAGCACUUGAGGGACCAGCGGCCGGCUAUGGUCCAGACAAAGGGGCAGUUUGAGUUUGCAUUGACAGCUGUCGCAGAGGAGGUGAACGCCAUACUCAAAGCUCUUCCACAGUGAGAGGAGUACCCACUACCGAGCCUCAGCAGCAGCUCUCACCGGGGAUCUCUCUCCUUCUCUCUUGUCUGCCAUUCCACAACUCCUCCUCUCUACCUCUCCUCCACCUCUCUGUCUUUGUGGAUGCCGUGUGAGAAAGUGUGACCUGAUCUUAGCUGUGCAAUAUGGCGCCUUUAUUGUUUUGUCUGUGGAGCUUGUUUCCAAACAGACAAUUUAGUGCAUCGAGAAUUUGACUGAUUGAAAAAAAGUUUUAUCUGUUAAAUGAUUGGAAUAUAUUAAUCACAGAAAUCUUGUUUUUAGAUGUCUAUGUAUGUGUGUGUAAAUGAUUAUAUUGGUCAUCACAUCUGAAUCAUAGGACAUAUUUAAGUUUGAUGUCUUUUUUUCACUUUGGUCCCGUGUACUGAACCAUACCAUGUAAAGUAGAUCAGAAGGAAAACUGCUCAGUUAGGUCAAGUGAAUACUGAUAACAAUUCUAGUUACCAUAGUGAUAAUGAUACCAAGCAAUAUGUGUUUCCUCAGAUUGUUGAGACCUGGGCAAAUAAGUGUAAGUUGUGGACAACGAUUGUGAGUAAACCAAAUGUAGUUACGCUAAUGCCUGCCUCAAGUAAAGCAGUUCUAUGAAUUGGUGUGUGUACUGUAUGAUAUUGUCCUUUUGUAAAUUAAGCAGUUCUUCUAGAUGAACUUAUACAUGCAGCAACAAUGGCUUAAGUGUGAUUAUAAACUUGGUGGUUCACACCCUUGUGUAUAUAUAUAUAUAUAUAAAAUUUGCCAGGUAAGAUGACUGAGAACACAUUUGCAGCAAUGACCUGAGGAAUAGUUACAGGGGAGAAAUGAGCCAAUUGUAAGCUGGGGAUGAUUAUGUGACAGUGUUAGGGACAGCUUGGGAAUUUAGCCAGGACACCGGGGUUAACACCCCUACUCUUACAAUAAGUGCCAUGGGAUCUUUAAUGACCUCAGAGAGUCAGGACACCCAUUUAACAUCCCAUCCGAAAGACAGCACCCUACACAGGGCAAUGUCCCCAAUCACUACCCUGGGGAAUUGGGAUAUUUUUUUAGACCUGAGGAAAGAGUGCCUCCUACUGGCCCUCCAACACCACUUCCAGCAGCAUCUGGUCUCCCAUCCAGGGACUGACCAGGACCAACCCUGCUUAGCUUCAGAAGCGGGAUGCAGGGUGGUAUGCUGCUGGUUUUAAAUCAGACUGUAUACCAUGGGUAUGACAAAACAUUUAUUUUUACUGUUCUAAUUACAUCGGUAACCAGUUAAUAAUAGCAAUAAGGCACCUCGGGGGUUUGUGGUAUAUGGCCAGUAUACCACGGCUAAGGGCUCUGUCCCAGCACUCCGCAUUGCGUCGCGCCUAAGAACAGCCCUUAGCCGUGGCAUAUACCACAAACCCCCGAGGUGCCUUAUUGCUAUUAUAAACUGACACGGGAUGUCCCUGUGUCUUAUUAACAGCUGAGUCCAUAUCUGAUUCCCUACUGGUACCCUAUUCCUUAUAUAGUGCACUACUUUUGACCAGGGCUCUAUGCAGGGAAUAGGGUGCCAUUGGGGCCGUAGCCAUGGCAGGUUCAUCUGCACUACAGGAGUACUGUCAGCUCUACCCCAACACUUAGUGCUUUGACAAGACUCAUACCAUUUCAAUCACAACAUCUUAUGUCAAUCUCCAUGUAUGUUGUGUCCAUUGGAUUGCAUUCUGUUUUGUACAUCCAAUAUGUUCGGAAUUGCAAAUGAUAUGACCUGGAAAUGAUAUGUCCAGGAAAUGAUAUGACCAGGCAUUGGUAGCAUACACUACCAAUGCCUGGCUAUUUCAAACUAUUAUUCGCCAGUAGUGUGUACAGUAUUUCCUUCAGCCUCAAAGUAUAUCCUAGUGAAACCCUGGUCACAUAUUUUGCUUAGCAGAUAUUACUUCACUCAUGUUCGACAAAAGAUAUAAUUGUACAUGAUGCAUCCCAUCAUUUCAUGUCACCAUGAAGACAGCCAGAGAGAUGACUGUUUACUUUGACAAGCCAAGGAUAUAUAAUCAUGCCAUUUGAGCCAUUCGGUUCUGAACAAUAGUAAUAGUGGCAGUACAGAGGAGGAAUAGUGGAAUGUUAUUACAUUUGGGCAUAAACUCCUUUUGCCUAUCACAGUUGUGUGUUCCAAAUGGCACCCGAUUCCCUUUAUUGUACAUUUCCUUUGACAAGAGCCCUAUUAGACCUGGUUGAAAGUAGUGCACUAUAAAGGGAAUAGGGUACCAUUUGAAACUCAUCCAGAGUUAAAAAGUGGGCCAUGUUAAUGCUGUGUCCUAUACUGCAAAAACCUUUUAUCUUUCAACUAAUUUAUUCUUUCAACUUUCAACUCAUCUUUCAACUCGGAACCUUAGCAUCGUAUUGUGAGGUCUCUUGCCUACUCAGACAAUGCAAAAAUAAAUAUGUACGGUACAGUUCAGCAUUCAACACCACAGUACCCUCCAAGCUCAUCAUUAAGCUUGAGGCCCUGGGUCUCAACCCCGCCCUGUGCAAUUGGGUCCUGGACUUUCUGACGGGCCGCCCCCAGGUGGUGAAGGUAGGAAACAACAUCUCCACUUCGCUAAUCCUCAACACUAGGGCCCCACAAGGGUGCUUGCUCAGCCCUCUCCUGUACUCCCUAUUCACCCUUGACUGCGUGGUUAUGGACGCCUCCAACUCAAUCAUCAAGUUUGCAGACGACACAACAGUAGUGGGCUUGAUUACCAACAACGACGAGACAGCCUACAGGGAGGAGGUGAGGGCACUCAGGGUGUGGUGUCAGGAAAACAACCUCUCACUCAACAUCAACAAAACAAAGGAGAUGAUUGUGGACUUCAGGAAACAGCAGUGGGAGCAUCCCCCUAUCCACAUCAACGGGACUAUUGUAGCUGGAAAUGGCAGAUUUGUUAUGGAAUAUCUACAUAGGUGUACUGAGGACCAUUAUCAGCAACCGACACUCAGCCGUUUCCAGCUACAAUAGUCAUUUACAACAUUAACAAUGUCUACACUGUAUUUCUGGUUAUUUUAAUGGACAACAUUUUUUGCUUUUCUUUCAAAAACAAUGACAUUUCUAAGUGACCCCAAACUUUUGAACGGUAGUUUACAUAUUCUUAUUCCAUCCCUUUACUUAGAUUUGUGUGUAUAAGGUAGUUGUUGGGAAUUGUUGGAUUACUUGUUAGAUAUUACUGCACUGUCGGAACUAGAAGCACAAGCAUUUCGCUGCACUCGCAUUAACAUCUGCUUACCAUGUGUAUGUGACCAAUAAAAUGUGAUGUGAUUUGAUUUGUGAGCAACAGCAGCACUGUAUGAGCAGGAAAGACAAACACUAACAAAGCAUUGGUCACUGUGGAGUAAGCUCCAAGUCACAUCAACCUGACAGUUAGCUUGGCCUCCUCCCCUUACCCUGCCAAUCUCACCUCAUUGUCAGCCAGAGAGUCUGUGAUUGGCUGGGUGCUAUUCUGAUCUCCAAUCUGCAUGGUGAUUCAUGUGGCUUGGCAGCUUCAUGCUACUUCAGACUGUAGAUUAUGCUGUCAACACUUCCUACCAACCACACAGUAACAGGAUGGAAUGCUGACUGACUCAUGUCGUAUAGUCCCACACGCACACACACACACUGGAGAGAAGGAAGUCACCAUAAGAAAUCCCAGUGAUCAUGAAAAAAUAUAUCAACAAGUGAUAUAGAUGGAAUCUAUUCUGCUUUUCAUAGUAAAAAAUGUGACUUUAAAAAGAUCCACAGGUGGUUUGGUAGGAUUGCAAACACACAGAAAUAACUGCUCUAACUCUGCUCUUCUGCCCAAUCAUCUCUGAGGAUAUAGAGCUUGUGGCACAUUCAGGGCUCUAUUCAAUCCGUAUCGCAGAGGUUCAGCGUUACAGCGUCAGCGGAGACUGCAUUCAUGGUAAACGCUGCAUUUGUCGGCUUUAGUCAGAACGCUUCAGCAAUACAGAUAGAAUAGAGCCCAUAGUCUCUCAAGUCAUCGAUUUGUUGUUUUAUGCUUUCAAAGUCAACGUCUUAGCCAGCUACAAUACUGUAUGUACCAAGCUCUGUAUGUACCAAGCUCUGUAUGUACCAAGCUCCGUAUGUACCAAGCUCCGUAUGUACCAAGCUCCGUAUGUACCACACCCAUUAUGUACCAAGCUAUGUAUGUACCAAGCUCCGUAUGUACCAAGCUCCGUAUGUACCACACCCAUUAUGUACCAAGCAAUGUAUGUACCAAGCUCCGUAUGUACCAAGCAUAGUAUGCACCACACUCAGUAUGUACCAAGCUCAGUAUGUACCAAAUUCAGUAUGUACCAAGCACCGCAUGUACCAAGCUCAGUAUGUACCAAUAUCAAUAUGUACCAAGCUCAGUAUGUACCAAGCUCCAUCAAUAAGCUCUUGUUUUGCCUGGAUAAGCACACUAAAUAAACAGUGAAACACU